AUGGGCAGAGUAAGAGAGAUCAUCUUUUAUGAGGACAAAAACUUCCAGGGUCGCUCCUAUGAGACCAGCAGUGACUGUGCAGAGCUGACCUCUUACCUGAGCCGCUGUAACUCCUGCAGGGUGGAGAGCGGCUGCUUCAUGGUCUAUGAACGUCCAAAUUUCAUGGGCCACCAGAUGCUUAUUAGGCGAGGAGAGUACCCUGACAACCAGCGGCUAAUGGGAAUGAGCAUGAGUGACUGCAUCCGCUCCUGCCGCAUGAUCCCUUUGCACAGAGGUCCAUUCAGAAUGAGGAUCUAUGAGCGAGAGAACUUCAGUGGUCAGAUGAACGAGUUGAUGGAAGACUGCGACUCCAUCCAAGAGCGUUACCGCAUGUCCAACUGCCAGUCUGUUCAUGUGAUGGAUGGCCACUGGCUGCUGUUUGAGCAGUCCAGCUUCAGAGGCAGGAUGAUCUACCUGAGGCCUGGAGAGUACAGGAGCAUGAGAGACAUGGGAACAGGUCCCAUGGACAUGAGGAUUGGCUCCAUCAGACGCAUCAUGGAAUCCUGUUAG